CUCAACUCCUGAACUUCGAUGCAGUAGUAUGUGGUAACUAAAUAUCUUGGCCGUUGUACUGGUCCAAGCAAGUAAAGGCAAAGCAUCGAUUCCACAGUACUCCCUCCCCAGUACAUGUCCUGCCUCCAAAUUUCCUCAUUUACUACACCGCCUCGCAGUACUACAAGCACUACAUACCACUGGUGGUUAUUUUCCUGAUACGGAUUUCUGCUGUGUAUCAUAAGGAAGCAGGCUCCAUGAGACCAUGACCACAUUGCUGAUCCACCAAAGAUCCCCAUAGUUUCGCGUGCCAUAUCACCGUACCGACCCGUCGUCCGUCCUAGUGGUGAGGUCUGGUCCAGGCCAUCCAAUCCACACGGUCACAUCAGCUGCCCUUGUGCACAAAACUUGGCCUAAAUUUCCACACGAGAUACCAUUAAUUUGGCAAGCUAGCAGCAUGAUUGCAUUUGCUACUCUUUGGAGCCAAUGAUUGAGCCCUCUUUCUAUCUAGACGGUUGUCGUCAUGCAGCUAGUGCAUGCAUCUCCAAGCAUGCAUGCAUGGUCGAUUGGUCGUAUAGCUAGUCACCAUGUUAGUAUGAUUGAUCCAACAACUCUAUACUUCCCUAAAAACAACAACAACUAUAUAUUAAUAUACCGUAUGGUGAUUCCAUCCCAUGAAUGCACUCUUUGGAGCUUGCCGAUCGAGUCGAGGUGUGCACAUUGUCACAUGGAGAUACAGCCCGGCCGGCAAAAUUUGUCCCCCUGCCGGGCAGCUAGGAUAUACUCCGUAUAUAUACACACAUAUACUCCAUCUUGCAGCGCUUGCAACAGUGUGUGGUACGAUCGAGUGCAUGCACGCAGCUAGCUAGGUCCGUCCGUCUAGGCCAUGUACCAGCCUCAUCGAGAUCUCUAGCUUGCAGCGAAUCACUCACUCUCACUCUCUCAGUGUCUCAGUCCCUGUCUCUCUCUCUCUGUACCAAUAUCUACCAUUUAUCGAUCACUGGCAUUACUAUAGCUAGAUCUCAUCCAGUCACGCCAAUAGAAUAGAGUACGACAGAGACGAAGAGAAGCGAACUCCAUCCAACGCUGGCUGCCCUCUUUAACAACUGCAGCCAGCUCUCGAUCUCCCUCGUAACCUCGAUCACAACUGACAGAGAUCGAUCAAGUGAAGUUGAAUUGAGUGUGAGCUAGAUAGGCGUGGCAAAGGUGUGAAGCGGAGCCGCGGAGGCCAUCGAUGAGGGGGCUACGGCGCAUUGGCAGGGCCCUGGGCUGCUUCUCUUCGUCCUUGGCCGUGUGCGCGGGCACCCCCAGCUGCUGCGGCUGCCUCUGCGUGCGCGUCCGGGAAGACGAAGACGAAGAGGCCAUGGAGAGGAAGGCCCUGGUGAUGGGCAGUAGUAGCCAGCAGGGGGUGAGGCUCAGGGACCUCGUCGUCGAAGGGAGGUCAAGGACGCUCGGUUUCCAUCUCGAGCCCAAGACUGUGGAGCUGAGGGUGUCCAUGCACUGCAACGGCUGCGCCAAGAAAGUCCACAAGCACAUUUCCAAGAUGGAAGGCGUGACGUCGUUCGAGGUGGAUCUGGCACGCAAGAAGGUGGUGGUGACGGGGGACGUGACGCCGCUGGAGGUGCUGCGGAGCGUCUCCAAGGUGAAGCUCGCCCAGCUCUGGACGCACGGCACCGUCCCUCACCUGCUAACAACCUCCUACAAUAAUAACCUAUAGUUAACCAGGGCACAUUGCAUUGUAUGUACUCACAACGGAGCUGAGCAUCUGCCCACAUUGCCAUGCCAUGCCACGCACGGCUCAUGCAUGUAAUUUGCCAUGGAAUAAAUUAUACUGAUUCUUCUGUCCAACAAAAGAUGUCUUAAUUUUGACUAAAUUCGAAUGCAUUUAUACACUAAGUCAUGUCCAGAUGCAUCCAAAUUUUGACAAACUUGAGAGAUAUUUUGUUGGACGGAGCGAGUACCAAACGUUCGUUCUUCUUCUGUCAAGCUUGUAUAUUGCAGAAAAAUGUGAGGAAAACACAAGUGAAGACCGAUAUUAAUUGCAGCUGUUUGUCACCA